GGGUCUAGUUUAUGAAACACAGGGGUUUUAUCUGCAUGUUUAAACAGAAUCGUGUAAAGUAUAGGCUCAUCUGACUUAGAGUGUUAGCUUUUGUUCUAUGUAGGCUAUGUUUAAUUCACAUUUUCUGUUUGUUUUCCAUUAUUGUCCAGUUUAAAAUUUGAGGGAUGUCAUAAUCAUUUGAGGACUACUGUAAUGGAAUGAUUUCUAUUUUAGUGUUACAGUUCAGCUGUUUGUAACAGCAGCUGUCUUUGUACAGAUACAGUUUGUUAAAAUCUGGCAUACUAUUAAAGAAUCCGUGCGUCACGAGGAGGCUGGAAUUCCCCGUCACGUGACGCAGGAAGCUGACAGCUGAUGACGGCGGAAGCGCAACACAAACACCGACGCGAUGAGCGACGCGGACAGCGAGCGUAUGGACAGUUUGGAUGGAUGGGUCGCCGUUAAACGCGACGCCUUCGACGAAAGCGAGAGCCACAAACUCAGAUUUAUCGUGGAGUGGAACGAGAUCGAGACGAAGUUUGCGGUGACGUGUCAUAACCGGACGCUGCAGCGGCGCGGCGACGCGAGCGGUAGCUGCGCGGGUCUGUUCUCCGGCGCGCAGCUGAGCGGCGUUGGAGUGCAGCUGAGCGGCGUCCGCGACGAGCUCGGCCCGCUGUUUCCCGACCUGACGCGCUUCCGCGAGCCGACCCUGUGGGAGCUGCUGUUCUCCAGCGCUCCGCGGUGCGAUGCGGACGCGGCCUGCAGGCAGCUGGAGCGCUACUUCAGCGCCGCGGUGGACGCGUGCGGCCGCAAGAUCGUGCUGGACGCGCUCUUCAGCGUCACUGCGGCGGACGAGCGCGAGUACUUCGAAAACCUGCAGGAGUUUAAAUGCAGAGCGAUGCGCGACGAGAUUACGCGUACCAAAGACGCGCUGCGCGCGCUGCUGCAGACUCAUCCCAGCACUGAUGGGCUCCAGCGGCUGAUGAAGAUCUAUGAGGAGGAGGAUGAGACUUACAGGGAAUUAGUGAGUGUGGCGACAAAGUUCUAUCAGAACCUUCUGCAGCCCUUCAGAGACAUGCGAGAGAUCGCCACGCUCUACAAGACGGAGAUUCUGAAAUGUCUGCAGUACGAGGAGCUGGGGCCGAAGCGUGUGAGUGAACUGGAGGCAGAGAUGAACGAGUGGAGUCAGCGCGGAGAAAAAGCUGUUCACUCCAUACAGGACAUCACAGCCGACUACUUCAGAGACACGUCCAGAGCGCUCACAGGUAUGGUGAAACAAAUGGAACAGGAUCAGAAGAGAUUUGGCCACGCCUCUUGGGCAAUGGCCACACCCAGGCAAGAGAAACUCAGAGUCCUAUUGGCUAAAGAGACGCUGCAGUACAUGAGAGCAAAAGAGAUGUGCAUCAAACGCAAGAGAGUUGAGAUCCGAGAAAAGAUGCAUGGCGUGGCGGUGGGCAGCUCGGAGGCCGUGAGUGUCGUCCGUGAGCUGGAGCUGCAGUAUUAUGAGACACAGCUGGAGCUUCAUGACUGCAGGUUUGAGAUCCUGAGAAACGAAGAGCUGCUGCUGCUGACGCAGAUCAAGAGCACACAGCGACAGAUCAGAGAGCUGCAGGAGCAGGUGGUGUAUUAUGACACCUGCGAGGACCCAGAGGAGCUGCAGGAUGUUCAGGUGGAUAUAAGUCCCACCCACUCACACCUGCAGCAGCACCUGAAACAACUGGAGAGCAAACGAGGAGCGAUUUCAUCACGCAGAGCUUACCUGAGGAACCAGCGGGAGUUGUGUGUUCAGGCUCAUGAGCAGCAGCAGCGUUCAGUCGUGCAGAGAUCGGAGCAGCUCCGCCAACACCACACCGCACAGCUGAAACGAGAGAAGAGGAGAGCCGAGGAAGAGCAGAUGAAGCAGUGGGUGGAGAAUGAGAGAGCAAAGACACUCAACAGAGUGCGCAGCUUCAGAGAGGUGAGGCACCGUGUGUGUGUGUGUGUGUGUGUGUGUGUGUAUUGUAUUCAGGGUCAGUACGCUUUACAGACAGCUCAUGUGAAGCCAGUGUCACAUGACUCCAGCAGAGAUGACUCCUCCCAACCCCUGUCAAUCAUCAGCCUGGAGCCGCAGCGCUCCACCCCCAACAGGAAGAGGCGGAGUCAGAAGCAGCGAGACAUACCGGUGCAGAUUCUGCUGCCUCCUGGAUCGGCAUCAGCACAGCCAGACCAGAUGCCUCCUGCUCCUCCUAAUCCUCCUCCUCUUCUUCCUCCACCUCCUCCUCCUCCUCCUGCCCCACCCAUCAGUGCGAAGCUGCCCGUCCAAAACACUCUAGAGCAAAACUCAGGAUCGAUGGACGAGCUGUUAGCGUCGCUGCAGCGUGGACAGAAACAGCUGCGAAAGGUCACGGUCAGCGCAGAGAGCGGCGACGUCAGGAACAGCAUGCUGUCAGCCAUCCGUCAGGGCGUGACCCUGAAGAAAGUCCCGCCCUCCAGCGGCCAGACGCACAGCACCGACUCAGAGCUCGAACGAAGCAUCAAAGCCGCCAUGAUGAGGAUGAAGAAGGUGUCUAAUGACUCUGAUGAUGAAGGGCCGUCAGACACGCCAUCUGGAGACUGGGAGAGUUAAACGUGAUGAUCUGUGAUUCACAAACGCUGCUGCUGCUGCUGGACAACAUUGUUUCAGCUGCCAUUUCUGAUUUUCAUGGCUAACUUCCUUUGCCUAACUUCGGGUUUUUGCACUGAUAUGUCUUGUCGUAGGAAUAUAUGAGUAAUUUUCCAUGAAAAUAUAGCCAAUUGCACUAAACAUUAGAAAUGUGUGAAUAACAUCUGUGACUUUGAUUUGAUCCGUUAACGCUUUCAUUAAAGUGCCUGAUCAAGAUUGUA